AUGGGAUUCGCACAAUCAGUAGUGUUGGGAUCAUGUUCCUUUGUAUUAGGGAUGGUAUUUGUCUGUCAAGUGGUCGAUAUACCAUUACUUUACAUGCCAGUAACGGAUGAAGCUAUUCAAAAUGCUUAUACGUUUUAUGAAAUUUGGUGGGAAGCUCCAGGUGCAGUCAAGGCCUUGUUCCAUGUAGCGUUGGGUUUACCUCUCGUCGCUUUAUUAGUGAAACUUCAUAAAUGGAAUGAAAGCGCAAUGUUCUUUGAUGGAAGUUCUAUCGCUAUGCACACUGCUACUAUCGUUUUAUAUUUGACUGUUCAUAUUCAAAGUUUAAGAACAUUCCUUCCAGAAUCAACGACCACAACUACGUAUUCGAUCUUACCCGUUCCUCCACCACGAGAAAUCGCUCCUACCGAAUCGGAGAAAGUGGAAGCUGUCAGAGUAUUAUCGGCUGCCAAUGCCCUCGUUGGUCUUUUGACCGUGGGCGUAAUCGGAAUGCAAAUCGGUCAGGAAUACGCUAGGAGACAGGAAGAGAGAGAACAAAAAGCAAUUGAUGUCACGGUCGUCGAAGGUAAAAAAGAUCAAUAA